UAUUCAUUCGUCGCUUAACGAUGAACUAACGGUUAAAAAUGCCUUUAACCAGUUGAUAACUGAAUAAAACGAAAUGAAAGUAAAGGCUAAUUUUUUUCUUAUUCAAGCUGUCAUUAUAGUUUUAUUCCUCAGAAGCUGUGAGUCAGGUGCUGAAUUUCGGGAAAAUUUAAAUGCCAAAUGGAAGAAAUUUCUAGUGGAUAUAUACGAUGAAGAAUACUGGUUCAAUUUUUACCUUUUCUUACAUUUUCAGCUUUUUUCUUUGGGAGUGGUUUGAAUCGUGCUUCUUUAGUGGGCGACUGUGGAGGCAAGCCAUCUUUCCGAACUCCACAUUAUACAACAAAACCAAAAAUAAAUAAUACAUAUACAUAUACUUAUAUAUGACAAUUUUAACCACAGCAUUGGGAAUACCUGAGUAAUUGUUUCAAAACGUAUUCUGAAUUAAUUA